CCUACGCGGGAACAUGUAUGGCGAACUCUUCAAUUCCACCAGUGCCGCCCAAGUCCCGCUCCCGCUGCACACCAGCGGGAUAUACGCGAGCGGGACCCCGAAGCCCGUGAACUCUUCUCCUCUCUACACGGCGACAGCGCGGGCUCUCAAGGAGGGGGAGAUAAGUAAGCCGGACCUGGUGACUUACCUCCUGUUGUUCUUCUUCCUACUCUUGUCAGUGGUUGUCAUCGUACUCUUCAUUAACUGUCAGCUGAAAAACUCCUUCUUUGCCACUUUACCUUACGAUCGCUCUCUGAGGGAGGCUCGGACUCCGUGGAAAACGCAGGCUGUCUAACACCACAGGCGGCCAGCAGCUGGAUAAUAAACCUGUCUGCUCCUUUUGACUUGAAAAUUCUUUGUGCUUCUGGGGUCUGCUCUGAGAUUAGAAAACCUGUGUCGUAAGAUGUCUCCCUUUUCUUUGACCACGAUGUGCACGAAAAAGAGUAGGACUGUUGUAGAUCCAAGCGGAUUAAUGUUCCCAAACCGGUCCCCAAAGGACUAGUAUUUAUCACUUCAUUAAAAAAAAAAAAAAUCCCUGAAAUUUUCUUUGUUUGGCAUUUGUUACAGUUUACAUACUCUAUAUGAAUGUGUUACUUCUUUGGAUAAAUGCAAGUGGGAGUAAGUUUGUGGCCUCACACUAAUCUAAAUGAUAGAAUGAUGAAAACCAGUUUCAAGUUUUAAGAAAUUAGGUUUAAAGUACUCAGAUUGUCAUUUCUGUCUUCCCAGAGAGACUAUCCCACGAAGUCCAAUGUGGGGUUGAGAAGUCUUCAGAAAAAGCAUAUUUGCAAUCUUUUGGUAGGACAUAAUGAAAGUCAGGACUCGGUGUACUUGUUACUCAGCUUGGACUUCAAUACUAAAUGAAUUUCAUAACUGGAAAGACUGAGUAGACCUCUGAGCUUGAAUUUGUGCUUAGCUUUUCCCAAAGCAAUGAGCCUUAAUAGAAAAG